ACACUUUCAUUUUUCAUACCGUGUACAAACCGAGUGGAACUGAUGGCCGCUGUCUCCGCUAACCGAGUCCUCAUUUACGGAGGAAGAGGAGCACUCGGCUCGACCUGCGUCCACCAUUUUAAAUCCAAAGGCUGGUGGGUGGCCAGUAUCGACAUUGCUGCUAAUGAAGAAGCAGAUGUGAAUGUGCUCGCAAAGAUCUGCGACAGUUUCUGCGAGCAUGCGGAGCAGGUGACAUCAGACGUGGCUCGGUUGCUGGGAGACCAGAAAGUGGACGCCAUCGUGUGUGUGGCCGGAGGAUGGGCCGGGGGAAACUGUGCCUCCAAAGACGUGUUUAAGAACAGCGAUUUGAUGUGGAAACAGAGUGUCUGGACGUCCACCAUCUCCACGUAUCUGGCAUCUCAGCACCUCAAGCCUGGAGGGUUGCUCACGCUGACCGGAGCCAAGGCUUCACUCAGCGGAACUCCAGGUAUGGUGGGUUAUGGCAUGGCGAAGGCAGCAGUGCAUCAGCUGUGCGAAAGUCUGGCUGGACAGAACAGCGGGCUUCCUGCAGGCGCUGUAGCCGUGGCCAUCCUCCCGGUUACCUUGGAUACUCCAAUGAACAGGAAAUUCAUGCCUGAUGCAGACUUCAGCAGCUGGACACCAAUGGAAUACAUAGCAGAAAUGUUCUACAGCUGGGCCACUGGGUCAGAGCGGCCAGCCUCAGGCAGUCUGAUCCAGCUGGUGACGUCAGGAGGAAAGACAGAGGCCACGCCGGUUCAAUAAAAAUCAGGAGACGAGAAGAGGAGUAGAAGGAAAGAGGGUUGGAUAAAGCAAACAUUUAGUAUUCAGCUGCAUAAAAGAAAUAUAAGCGGGGGGGAAAUAAUAAUAACCUCUUGUGAAGGGAGAAGACAUUCAGCCUUAUAGUAUUGAACACAGUGCCACCUGUUGACAUUUUACACUACCCACAAUUCCUUACUAUGGUUUGAUCAUUGAUUAAACCCGUAGCCUGUAUUUUUAUUUACAUCAUGUUUAAUGUUUAUUCUUAAAGACAGCUUAAAGCAGCAGUGCUCACCAACCCUCUUCCUAGAGAUCUACCUUCCUGCAGGUUGCAUCUCCAACCAAAAUCUAAUCCACCUCUAAUGCACUUCUUAAGGCAAUGAUUAGAUGGUCACAAUUACGGUUAGAGCUAAAGUCUUUAAGAAGGUAUGUCCUCAGGAAUGAGGUUGGUGACCACUGGCUUAAAGAAUAUUAUACCUCAGCACUGCUGAAUUCGCAAACAGAAGGUUCAUUUGGAGCGUAGUUCCGGCUGUAAUUCAUAUCGCAGGUCGGUAUUCACGUGCUCGUCCUUAUACGUUUCCGUUUCUGUAGUAACAGCUCAUUCACAGGAAUCUGUAUGGACGACUUAUAAUGAACAAAUUGUUUUGUUUUGUUAAUGUGUUGGUAGUUAACAAAGUCAAACCAAAUCAUUUUUGUCUAAGGGGACGUUCGAAACAACUUACAUGUAUGGAAGGAGUCUCCAGUGUCAGAGCUUUGUAUCAGUCAGUUUUCCACCACGGGAGCGGAGUGUAUUCUUUCCGGUCGCUCAGUAACAUGUCUCGUUUUGGUCUUAUUAUCUUCAAGAGCUGUUAUAACCUAACAUAUAGCGUAGCUAUAAUGUAGCUUAGUGUAAGUGAUAACAGGAACUGACUUGUUUCUUUUUUCAGGGACGUUCCACAACCUUACAUACGUAGCUAUGAACGGAUAAAGAGUACUUUAUGACCUCCGUCGUCCAUGUUAGAAAUUGUAAUCAUUGGCAAGUUGCUGCGGUUUAAGAGGAAUAAAACACCUCGGGACAUGUUCUUAUUGGGAAAUAAUCAACUUUGUGUUAAUACACCCCGAAGUGUUUUAUUCCUCUGUAGCAAAUUAGACAUUGUUUACUGACUGUCUUAAGAUGGAACAUAAUGGAAGAGUCCAGUGAGCUUUCAGUCAUGUGACUUUUUUUUUUAUCUCUUUAUUCUCUAAAAGCAGUAAAAUGCUCAGCAGUUAAUCCAAAUGUACAAUGCAGCUUUUCAAACAAGUGACCUUACCCUGCUUGUGUGUGUGUGUGUGUGUGUGUGUGUGUGUGUGUGUGUGUUUGUGUUUGAGAGUAGAAUACAGAUGAAAAAGUUUACAGGUAAACACCAUCCAUCAAAAUCUUUCCUGUGCUUUAUGGCUGUGUGUUAGAGUGAUACCGUGUAUGGGCCAGUGUUAAGCAGUAAAACAUUUCCCAUAACCCA